AUGCAAAUCACGCCGUUGCCGCCGGCGGUUUCGGACCGCAUCCGCGCCGCCACGGCCGUCCCGACCUUUUCUCGGGCGCUCGAGGAGCUCGUCUUCAACUCUCUCGACGCCGGCGCCACCGAGAUUGUGGCGUCGGUGAACGUGCAGGCGCUGUCGCUCAGCGUGCGCGACAACGGGCGCGGCAUGGACAGGCUCGCCCUGUCGGUGGUGGGAACCAGCGCCGCCACCUCAAAGAUUCGAUCGCUGGAGGAGCUGCGCGGCGGCGUGCACACCUUUGGCUUCCGAGGCGAGGCGCUCCACGCCCUCUCGACGGUCGCGUUGGUGGAGAUUGUCAGCCGCUGCGUCGACCCGCCGGCGGCGCCCUCGCUGGUCACGGUGCUGCAGCACGGCCAGCGCACGCAGCCGGGCCCCGCCGCGGAGGCGCGCGCGCCAGGCACGACUGUCUCGGUGAGAAACAUGUUCUCCAACCGGGCCGUGGCGCGCAAGAGGCACCAGCGGCCGAGC